GAUUGUUAAUCCGAAAUGAAGCUUUAACAUCAACCUAAUCACUCUUGCCAGUAGCGGCCUUUGGCACCCCCAGAGUCACGACUGCGGAGCAGAUGUUUAAGAGAUAAAAUAUCGCCUGCUUGGAAUUAACGACCACUUGAUUAUUUUUUCAAAGACGUUUGAUUUCACGACGAGUCAACACGACCGCUGUGGCUAUCCUCCGCCGCUGGUGCCCGGACAAAAGCAUCUCGCAUUCCCUGCUUUCUUCGAAUUCCCCAUUCCUCGGCUUACGAUUCAACUGGCAACUAUGCGCGGCGCCCUCGGGCUUUCAGCCACCAUUUUGGCAUUACUAUCUACUGCAGUCGUCAAUUCCACUGAACUCUCUCCCUUCUUCUCUCCAGCACUCGGAUCGCCGCUCCUCCAAUCUAACCACUCCGCCGGUGCUAUUGAAUUGCACCAACGCGAUGGCAGCUGUCCAGCGGAUUAUACUCAAUGCGGCUCGUCUUCGGCCUGCUGCAGGUCUGGCACGCGAUGUCAAGUUGACUACGCUGGGCAAAUUGCCUGCUGUCCUAAUGGAGCACUGUGCACCGGCACGAUUAGCACGGGCGUAAGCGCCACGACGUCUGGUGAACUCAGCACUGGAACCGCAUUCACAUCGGCAACUACAACCAAGAGUUUUGUGCCUGCAACCACUACCAAUGCUGCUGGCGGCGGAAGCACUGUGCCUAAUCCCUAUUAUCCAUAUGUCUAUCUGCCGACAACGUAUUACAAUCCUGCGGCCUGCUCAACCUACUACACUAGUUGUCAGAAACAAUACUCGAGCUGCACCGCUUCUCUCAACGGAGUCAACGGGGUAACAGUUACCGGCCAAGGCGGAGGAGUCACUGUCCAGGGCACGACGGUGACGGGCGCUCAGGCAACAUCCAUUUGCUCGAGUCUAAGUUCUCAGGCGUGUUACGGGCUACAGGUGACGAACUGCAAAAACUAUGGCACUGCCGGUGUCGGCGGCCAGAAUGCAGGCUACAGACAUUGUGUAGAGAUGUAUGGUGUUGGUUUAGGAGUUGCGAUUGGCGUAGCGGGGCAAGUUCUUGGCUAAAUCCCCUCUCACGAGGCCCUGCCAACCAACAGCAGUAAGAGGAGAAAGAGAAUGGAUAGUCAGGGGAUUCCUUUGGGGCGCGUGGUAUUGACGAGUUACUGUUCUAGUCACGUGUGGCUUUGCCCGUUUGUCCGCCCAAAGGUUCCCGCGCAUAAGAUGGGGGUAUGACCGAGGAGCCGUCCCAAUUGUGGAGGCCUACGAUGGAAGAUUGAGGUAAAGGUGCCUA